GCACAUUCAUCUCUGGGUGUUUUUUAUGAAUGAAAAAACCCAAUAAAGAAACAAAGGAGAUGCUGGAUUCAUGCGAGCACACAUCCUCAACCAAAAGCCCUGAAUAAUGGAGGGGGAAUUGUUGGGUCGUGAAGAGUAGUCAUGUCCCACGACGACUCCCUCGUUGACCGUUUCCUUUCCCUUCGCGAGAAGUCAAACCGAAAAAAGCACAUAUCCUUAACGGUAAAAUAACCACCACCCCACCUUGUUUCUCUCCCUUCCGUUGCCUCCCUCGAUCUCCAUCAAGCACAACCAAAACGCUCCAAUUCACACUCUCUGGAAAAAAACACGCACGCAUGCACGAAAAGGAAAAGAAGAAGAAGAAGAACAGCAUGUCCCUCAAUUCAAUUCAAUAACCCCAUCCCAUCCCUGCGAAAUGGACGGGAAUGGAACCAAGCGAACCUUGACGAUGAAUUGGGACGCCUUGGGCGAUGAGGACGAGGACGAUCGCUUCUUCGAGUCCCGCGACUGGAUGUCCUGCGCCAUCGCGCUGGACCUGGCAUCCUCGAACUCCGACGACGACGAUGACGACGACUUCGAAGACAGCCGUAUCUCCUUCGCCUCUGCUGUGUCCAGCGCAUCCGCAGGAGAACUUCGGAGCGUGUCGGGCAUCAGGGUUUCGACCUCCGUGUCGCAGGACUACGAGAUCUGGAUCUCGCAGCCUGGCUCAAUCAGCGAGAGGCGUAAGCGGCUGUUCCAGGGGAUGGGGCUCUCCAACAAGGACCUUCUCCGACUUGCAAGUGCCGAGUUCAAGCCGGUUGCCUCCAAGAAGGUAGGAAGCCAAAAAAUCUCGUCUUUGAUUGUCAAUAAUGAUCAUCCGAGCGACGAGCAACAAAAGGAAGACGCGUCUUGUAUUCGUUUAGCUCCUGUCAUUCUUGUCCGAUCAAGAUCGGACGGUGACAUAGAUUUCCCCCCGAUUGCCAAGAGAAAGGAAGAGUUUUUUGGUGCAACAUCCAAACAGCGCCUUACGAGGACCUCGUCCACGUUGUGCGGGCCAUGUGCACCGGGUUGCCGGUAUCCUGAUUCCAUCAGAGUAUCACCGCAAGGUGGGAAUUCAUCAUCCUUCGGCCAGCGGAGGCGCUUGUCAACCAUGAUCUCAAACAGUCGGUUAGGCGCCUUCUUUCUGAUAAAGAAUUUGGAUACCGGGAAGGAGUUCAUCGUGAACGAGUACGAUGAAGAGGGGAUGUGGAAUCGGCUCAGUGAUCUGCAGACUGGGAAGCAGCUAACCAUGGAAGAGUUCGAGAAAAGCGUCGGCUAUUCCCCUGUUGUGAAAGAGCUCAUGCGGAGGGAAAAUGUAUCGCAGAUCACCGAUGGUAGCAUCAUCAUGGCAGAGAGGAAGUUCAAUCCAAAUUCGUACCUCUCAAAAAGCUUGAGGCUGAGCAAGAAGAGCGGAGUCGCCUUGCUGAAGAACAUAAAGGGGGUCGCGAACUCAAUGAGCGGAUUGAUCGGGGACAAGGAGAGGGAGAACCAGCCGGUCCAAGAGCCGAAGCCGAGCAAGAGCUUGUCGGAGUGGGUGAAAGUGAAGCAGCACGGGAAGUCGUACAAGGAGCUAAGCGCGUUGCACUUCUGUCAGGAGAUACAGGCUCACGAGGGCUCAAUUUGGACCAUGAGGUUCAACUCGGAUGGGCAUUACCUCGCAAGUGCUGGAGAGGACAAGACGAUUCAUGUGUGGGAGGUACAGGAUUGCGACAUGAUGCCUCCGAGGAAUCCAGACGAGUGGUAUUGGAGCCCUUUACAUGCUUCGGCGAGUAGUACACCAGACCGACAGUUCCAUGCUGAGCCCUCACCUCAGCCGGUGGAAAAGAGGAAGGGGAAGGGUUCGCUGAGUAGCAAGAAGGCAAAUCCAAUCCCCGACUAUGUUCACGUGCCUGAAACGGUUUUCUCGCUCUCGGAGAGACCCGUGUGCUCUUUUACAGGUCACUUGGAUGAUGUCCUGGAUCUAUCCUGGUCAAAAUCAGAGCUACUCCUUUCGUCUUCAAUGGACAAAACUGUGAGGCUGUGGGAUAUGGAAACGAAGAGCUGUUUGAAGCUGUUCGCGCACAAUGAUUAUGUGACUUGCAUACAGUUCAAUCCGAUGGAUGACACGUUUUUCAUAAGUGGUUCGCUGGAUGCAAAAAUCCGGAUAUGGAGCAUAUCAGACCACCAUGUUGUUGACUGGACCGAUCUUCAUGAGAUGGUCACCGCGGUUUGCUACACCCCAGAUGGCGAGGGCGCCAUUGUAGGAUCGCACAAAGGAAGUUGCCGGAUGUACAGCACAAAGGAUUGUAAACUGAACCAAAUCAGUCAGCUUGAGAUUCAGAGCAAGAAAAAGUCCCAAGCCAAAAAGAUAACAGGUUUCCAGUUCUCACCUUGCAAUUCGUCUGAAGUUCUUGUUACCUCGGCCGAUUCCCGUGUUCGCGUUGUUGAGGGCUCAGACAUCACGCACAAGCUCAGAGGUUUCCGAAAUACUAGCAGCCAAAUUGCGGCUUCAUUUACCCAAGAUGGGAAGUAUGUCAUAUCGGCGAGUGAAGAUUCUCACGUCUAUGUGUGGAAGAGAGAGACGCCACGGAAUUCCAACGUGGCCAAGGCCAAAGCUCUGGUUACUAGCAAGUCAUAUGAACACUUCCCUUGCCGAGAUGUCUCAGUGGCGAUUCCUUGGCCCGGUACCAUAAGAGGUGACCCACCGGCCAUGCCGAUCCAUUCCAAGAGGCACUCCAAGCGCUCGACCUCGACACAGCCACCGGCUUCCAAUGGCUCGCCGACUCAAGAGGAUCAUAGCCUUUUGCAAGGGAACAGCAAGAGACUGAUGUUGCCACCUCUACCCAAGAAGGCAAUCCCCACGGAGCGAGCCUCGAUUCCUCCUGAAGUGGAUCUCGCCCUGCUUUCUCGCCUGGACUCGGGGUUCGGGAGCGGGAUUGGGGAGUCUUUCAAUUCCGAUGCCAGCUCGGCCAGGUAUGACGAAUCACCAUUGAUCUCGGUGGCUGUGAACUCAUCGUCAGCUUCGUGGUCUUCAUCUUGGUCUUGGUUCGACAGCAGCAACAGCAAUGGGGCUAAUGCUAUGCAAGCGACGGCUUGGGGGAUGGUGAUCGUCACUGCAGGUUUAAGGGGCGAGAUAAGAGCUUAUCAGAAUUUUGGUUUGCCGCGUAGAGUUGGUCGUCAAGCGAAUCUUUUCUGAGGCCUUACAUGCUUUACCUUUCCUAAUCACAAGGUGUAUUAGCAUUAGUCCUAAGCUCAAACAUGAAGAUACUCAUCUGAUAUGGGACAUAGAUUUUUACUGAGGUAAUGAUCGACGCCAGAGAAAACUUUUAGUCCACGACAGUCGAAGCUAGAGACAUCAAAGCUAUGCAGAACCUUGUUUUUGCAGAUUUGGGCUCAAUUACUCGUGUUAUCAUACAUAACUAUAUUUCAGCUUAGUGCAAAGAACAGCAGAACAUCUAGAACAAAGGAGCGGCAUCGGAUGGAUUAAAUGAUGGAAUUGCACGAAAGAAAGCUGUGGAAACAUUUUCUGUUGAACUCUUGGCUGAUUUUGAGUUUCAAUUUCUGGUUUCUCUAUAGAACAUCUGUAUUUGUCCUUACCGAAACGGCACAAACCCAGAGCUUGGCUCGAUUUUGUUCAGUUCUCAUAAUCAAUUACCAGAUGUGUAAAAUAUGUUUCUGUUUAAGCACAAUCAUGGAAGUGCAUAAUGAAGGUUUUGCUGUUUUCCUUUUUA